AUGGCGAUGGGCAACUCGGAGUCAUGCAACGGGCAGACAAGUGAGGAUGCCGUGAAGGAAAUACAGCCCUCCACGGCCGAUUCAUUCCCUUCUACUUCUCUAUAUCCCUUCUCGUCUCCAGCGUCCACCCCUUCCAGCUUCAUGCCUGGUAGACCACUCCAACCCAGUAUCUACGGUGACAAGAAGGGUCCGCGGGUUGAGAACGGUCUAUGGCUAGCCGCUGGUAUACCCCAGCAGUACCUGAUCAAUGGCAUUCCCAUAGCAGGAGUCAUCAACGAGCAUGGCAUUCCCCGUCCUUCCCUGAGAGGCUCCGGCAUCUGGCCCUGCGAGGAAACAAUCGAGGAAAUCACUCGAAUGCUAGAAAGUGACGAUCUACCUGGUCUCCGAGAAGCAAAGUCACUCGUCCAUCUUGGUGGACGGCGAACCUUCCAACUACGUGAUGCCUACGUAUGGAUCGCUCUUCGACAGUACGAUGACGGGAGUUUCGUCAUUUCGGAAUCCGCUCGAAACAAAUUUGCCCCCAAGUGGAGAGAGCUCUUAGACCCAGAGAGUGAUGCACCUGCACCAACUGUUUUCGAUCUGCGCAAACCUCGGCUGAGAAUGGCUCAAUGGCGGGAGGAUGAACGGGGAAUGGAGCAGAUUGUCAAGCAAUUGAAUGCAUUGAGCGCGGACGUCGCUCGUCUUGCGCAUCAGAUCGAGUCUGUAACGCAUAUUUUGAAGUUGGCAAACCUCGAUAACGAGCAGUCUGCGCGGGCUUCGCACGUCCAGGCGGAACUCGGGCAGAUGGAACUGAGCUGA